UUUCAGUCUCAUUGUGCUGAUGAGGCGCCAGCUGAAGAAAUCGUACUCUCCGGUGUUGAUGUGGACGCAAACAGAGAUGAACGAACGCUUACCAUCCAUGGCGGGCGCGACCAUAUCAGAAUGACAUUACGCGUACAAUCAAAUGUAUUCGACAAAUGGCGACAUUCACUUCUUUCUCAUGCUGCUUCUUCUCAAAUUGAUGCCUAUGUUAAGCCGAUUCCGAAGACGUUCCAACAUCUCACUGAGCGAGUGGUUGUACUUGAAAUCGGUUCGUGUUCUAUUCGUGGUGGUGUGCUAACGACCGAACCCAGCCUUCCGCAGUCUUUCUUCCCUGCCAUCGCUGUACGCACAGAUGACGGUCGUAUUAUUGUUGGUGAAGAUGCUUAUGCGCCUGAG